AUGAAUAAAACUGUCACUCCAGUUAAUGGCAUGGAGAUCCUGAUCCUAGAACCGCUCAUCCUCAUCACUGCGGUGGGCGGGCUGGUGGGGAACGCAGCUGUACUCUGGCUUCUUGGCUUUUGCCUACAGAGGAAUCCUUUCUCAGUCUAUAUCCUCAAUCUGGCUGGAGCUGACUUCCUCUGUCUCUGCUCCCUGAUAAUACAUUCACUAAUCAAAUUUUCUGGCUUCUCCUAUACAACUCCUUACUUCAUCCACUAUUUCCUCCACGUUGUGAUUCUAUUCAGCUACAUUGCUGGCCUGAGCUUACUUAGUGCUGUUAGCACUAAGCGCUGCCUGUCAGCCUUGUACCCAAUCUGGUAUCACUGCCACCAACCAAAACACCUGCCAGCUGUCAUAUGUGCCCUGAUCUGGAGCAUGUCUCUGUUUCUGAGCAUCCUGGAAUGGAAUUUUUGUAUAUCAAUGAUCAUGCACUCCAAGGUUAAUUGGUGUCGGAAUAUUAAUUUCUUCCUUGCCACUUGGCUGAUUUUCUUGUUUGUGGUUCUCUGUGGAUCUAGCCUGGCUCUGCUGGUGAAGAUGUUUUGUGGCUCCCAGAAGAAGAAGCUGACCAGCUUCUAUGUGACCAUUGUGCUCACAGUAUUGAUUUUUCUUCUCUGUGGCCUGCCCUUCGGCAUUUAUUAUUUCCUAUUAUUCUGGAUUCCAAGGACUUCUAUUAAGUUACAUUAUCCUUGGUUUCUACUUCUCUCCUGUUUUAACAGCAGUGCCAACCCCAUCAUUUAUUUCUUUGUUGGCUUCUUUAGACAGCGGCGACUGCAGCCAACCCUCAAGAAGGUUCUCCAGAGAGCACUGCAGGACAUUCCUAAGAUGGAUGAACCUGGAGGAAACCUCCCUCAGGAAUCUGUGGAGAGGUCAGGGAGCAAUGAGAUGUAA